GAGGCAAAAUGGCGGCCAGCGAGGGUUUGGCCGGCCUUCUGCCCGCGCAAAGCCAGCUGGACUGCGCGCUGGAGGAAGCGACGACGGCUCAGGAGAAGGAGAACCUGGUAUAUCAGCACCUGCGGAAGGUGGACACCUGGGAGCGGGAUUUGAAAGUCCCCGAGUUCGGAGCAGAUUUACAAUGGCUGAAUACUGAAGAAUCACUUUCUCUGUACAAAGACCUUUGUGGCAAAGUGGUGGUGUUAGAUUUCUUCACUUACUGUUGCAUCAAUUGUAUUCACCUGCUGCCUGAUCUCCAUGAGUUAGAGCAGAAGUACUCUGCGAAAGAUGGUCUCCUUGUGGUUGGUGUCCAUUCGGCAAAAUUUCCGAAUGAAAAGGUUCUGGAUAACAUCAAAAGUGCUGUCCUCAGAUACAAUAUCACUCAUCCUGUGGUAAAUGAUGCUGAUGCAACUCUUUGGCAUGAGCUAGAAGUGUCCUGCUGGCCCACCUUGAUCAUUGUUGGACCUCGUGGGAAUAUGCUGUUCACUCUGGUUGGUGAAGGACACAAGGACAAAUUAUUUCUAUUUACAUCCAUAGCCCUAAAGUAUUAUAGAGAACAAGGACAAAUCAAUGCUAAUAAAAUUAGAGCACAGCUCUAUAGAGACUAUUUGCCACCUUCGCCUUUGCUCUUUCCCGGAAAAAUUACAGUGGACAACUCUGGGGACAGAUUGGUAAUAGCAGAUACUGGACAUCACAGGAUUGUGGUUGUCAGGAAAAAUGGUCAAAUUCUGCACACCGUUGGAGGACCAAACAGUGGAAGAAAAGAUGGAACAUUUUCAGAAGCAUUAUUCAGUUCUCCACAGGGAGUGGCUAUAAAGAACAAUAUUAUUUAUGUAGCAGAUACAGAAAACCAUCUGAUUAGAAAGAUUGACCUCCAGUUAGAGAUGGUGAGCACUGUUGCAGGAGUUGGAUUACAAGGCACAGAUAAGGAAGGAGGAGCCAAAGGGGAGGAACAGCCUAUUAGUUCACCAUGGGAUGUAGUCUUUGGAACGUCAGUUUCAUCAACUCAUGAAGAUGAUGUUCUGUGGAUUGCCAUGGCAGGAACACAUCAAAUCUGGGCACUCAUGUUAGAAUGUGGAAAACUACCGAAAGGAAGUGACUUGAAAAAAGGAACCUGCCUUCGGUUUGCUGGGAGUGGAAAUGAAGAGAACCGAAAUAAUGCAUAUCCCCAUAAAGCAGGCUUUGCCCAGCCUUCUGGUCUGACUGUUGCUGCUGAAGAGCCUUGGAGCUACCUUUUUGUAGCAGACAGUGAAAGCAGCACUCUGCGCACCAUUUCUCUGAAAGAUGGAGCUGUGAAACACCUUGUAGGAGGAGAAAGAGACCCAAUGAAUUUAUUUGCCUUUGGUGAUAUUGAUGGAGCUGGAAUAAAUGCAAAGCUACAGCAUCCCUUAGGAGUAACCUGGGACAAGAAAAGAAAUCUCCUUUAUGUUGCAGAUUCCUAUAAUCAUAAGAUUAAAUUUGUAGAUCCCAAGAUGAAGAAUUGUGCUACAUUGGCAGGUACAGGAGAAGCAAGCAAUGUCAUCGGUUCCAGCUUCACUUCUUCAACUUUCAAUGAACCCGGAGGCCUGUGUGUUGAAGACGGAGGUUGUUUGCUCUAUGUUGCAGACACAAACAAUCAUCAAAUUAAAGUGCUAGAUUUAGAAACCAAAAUCGUUUCACUGCUACCUCUCCAGAAUGCCAACACAGGAGACACUCAGGAUGGUCCAUCUGUGCAAAAGACUGAUACGACAAAAUUACCAAAGCUGCCUAAAUCUGCUCCAAAUCUUCAGCUACCUUCACUGACUGUGAGCCCUGGUCAGGCACUUCAAUUCGCACUGAAACUCAGCCUUCCUCCAAAUACCAAACUGACUGAAGAAGCGCCCAGUUCAUGGUUUCUCACAUCAGAAGGCAGUGAAUGGCUGCUUCACGAACAGGACACAUAUGGAGAAAUUGAAGACAUUUGUAAACAGACUAUAAUCCCAUUGCGAAUACCCCUGAACUGCCUCUCAUCUGAAGUUGUACUGUCAAUCAAAGCGUGCCUCUAUUACUGUAGCAAGGACAGCAGUGCCUGCAUGAUGAAAGGUGUCUCAUUCAACCAGACUUUCCAUAUAGCUAAUGCAAGCCAAGGUAGAACAUCUCUGAUUGAGCUUAUAUAUGCAUUUUAACUAAGCCAAAGCUAACAAAAAAGCACUUAUUUAUGUUUUAUUUACUACUGCCUACUUUUGAUACAGGAAGAAAUUGUUCGUUGAUUUGCAGUUUUCCCUUUCCCCUGCCUUUUCACUUCUGGUCUUCCAGCAGAGUGUAACAAAUUUAGCCGUGUAGUUUGGUGCCAAGUUCACCUUGAAAGCUUGUGGAAAAUAACUCUGAUAAGUGUGAUCAGAUGAAGUAGAAAUGCAUUGUGCUGAAUCAUGCAAAGUGUAACAAAAUUCUAGUCCUUUAUUUCUUGCAGCAUAAGCAAUAAAUGCAGAAGUGGGUUUG